ACUGUAUUUAUAGCUCAUCCGGCAAAUGAACUCUUGGUGUUCUAAUUGCUAAAUACAUAGUUUGGGUAAUCCAAUAAAGCAGUGCUUUGUCUCCUUACUCCGUGACCGGAGCACACGGCGGUCAUCCGGCAAGGACACAUAGGAGUGGAAAUCUGGCUUGUUUGAUUUAUAUCUAAAACGAAGGACCGGACCAAUAAAACACAAUGGGUUUUCACUAGGCUGUGAACGGCAGACGCCUGUUUCCACACAGACAGCUGAGCAGAAAUCCGGAGAGCGGCUCGCUUAGGCUGGAGGAUUCCCCCACUCACUGUACAUGCUCCCUGCUCCUCUACCCAUUUUGCUAACGGAUGGGAUGCCCCACACCAACUCCAGAGAGUACCAUUAACGGUGUGGUAUAAAUGCUUCCCAAUGAGACCCAAAGCAGCUUCCAUUGUUGCCCUUGCUUCCAUUUUAUCCUCACAACAACAAGCCCGUGAGGCCAGCUGAGGCCUAGAUGUCAAAAUGACAGAACGCUUUGACUGCCACUACUGCAAAGAGUCCCUCUUUGGCAAGAAGUACAUCUUGAGGGAGGAGAGUCCCUACUGCAUCAAAUGCUACGAGAACCUGUACUCCAACCCCUGUGAGGAAUGUAAAAAGCCUAUUGGCUGUGACUGUAAGGAUCUGUCCUACAAGGACCGGCACUGGCAUGAAACCUGUUUCCACUGUUUCCAGUGCAAGAACUCCCUGGUGGACAAGCCUUUCGCUGCUAAAGAAGACCAUCUACUCUGUACUGAAUGCUACUCUAAUGAGUACUCUUCCAAGUGUAGUGAGUGCAAGAAGACCAUCAUGCCAGGAACUCGCAAGAUGGAAUAUAAAGGAAGCAGCUGGCACGAGACCUGUUUUAUCUGCCAUCGAUGCCAACAACCAAUAGGGACAAAGAGUUUCAUUCCCAAAGACAAUCAGAAUUUCUGCGUGCCGUGCUAUGAGAAGCAGUUUGCCAUGCAAUGCGUCCAGUGCAAGAAGCCCAUCACUACAGGAGGGAUUACUUACCGGGAGCAGCCAUGGCACAAGGAGUGUUUUGUGUGUACCGGAUGCAAGAAACAGCUGUCUGGGCAACGCUUUACUUCCCGGGAUGAGUUUGCCUAUUGUCUGAACUGCUUCUGCAGCCUCUAUGCUAAAAAGUGCGCAGGGUGCACCAAUCCGAUAAGUGGGCUUGGAGGAACCAAGUACAUCUCCUUUGAGGAACGCCAGUGGCACAACGAUUGCUUCAACUGUAAGAAGUGCUCCCUGUCCUUAGUCGGCCGUGGCUUCCUCACAGAGAGGGAUGACAUCCUGUGCCCGGAGUGUGGGAAAGAUAUAUAAGACUGCCAAAGUGGAGUAAAAAUAGGCUGCGUGUGUCUUCUGAAAUAAGUAUUGACAGUGUGUACGGACUUUGAGCAGAAGUGAGAAAUGUAGUGUCCUGUUUUUCAACAUCAUAUAUUCUCCGCAGUUAACUUUUUUUAUUUUCGAGCUUGUGGAAAUGCACUGGAGGAGAAAAGGGGGAGGGGCCUCAGGUGAUUUCGACAUCCACUGUUUAACGGUUAAGUCAGGAUCAGUCGAAACACCAGGAUGUGUUCAGAUAUUACUAAAAGAAGUUCCUCUUUUCAGGGGUUUUCAUCCUAAAACUAUGUAUGAGUUUUGAAGAAGGGGCUUUGGGACGGAUUACAGGAACGGCUGUUUAGUGUUGAUAGACUGAGGGCCAAUAUUUAUGAUGUGUGAGCUGGCAAACAUGUAAGUGAUUCUAUGUUGGGUACGUAGAGGAGAUCAUUAAUAGGAAGAUUCGUGGUCACGCCUUAAAAUAAGGAAUUAGAGCUUCAGUUCUGUGUAUAUGAACAGUGGAGUAGGUCCAUUAAACGUACAAAGGGCCAGACUGCACGAGUUUUAAAUAAAUGUACGUAACAUACAUUAUUGCACAUAUCACAGGAUCAUCGCACAAUCGUACAUCAUCUUGUUCCAGUUUUUAAAAUUUCAUUGCACCUUGUAUUUUAUGAAGUAAUAAAUUUCUAACACAA